AUGCCGACGCACGACUCUGCCGGCAGCGUCCUUGUCGUCGGCGCCGGGCCAACGGGUCUUGUCCUUGCCCUUUGGCUUUCAAAAUUUGGCGUCAAAGUCCGACUCAUCGACAAGGCCGCACACGCGGCAACGUCGACCCGCGCGCUCGCCGUGCAGGCGCGCAUCCUCGAACUCUACGCCCAGUUCGACCCGGAGCUUGCAGACGACGUCAUCAAGACAGGCCACACAGUAGUCGGGGUUAAUGCCUGGGUCAAGGGUCGUCGCGCUUUUCGGGUGCCGCUUGCCCAGAUCGGGGAGGAUCUGACGUCUCAUCCUUUUAUCCAAAUCUAUCCGCAGGACCAACAUGAGCAAAUGCUGACGGAGAGGCUGCACAAAGACUUUGGCACAAGUGUCGAAUGGCAAACGGAGUUGGUUUCGUUCAAAGACGAGGGCGCCGAUGCACAGAUAGUGGCGUCGUUGAAGAAAGCAGAUGGAAAGGAAGAGGUAGUCAGGGCAGGAUACUUGGCCGGCUGCGACGGAUCGCACUCUGUCGUGCGCAAGACUCUCGGCAUAUCCUUUCCCGGCGGCAUCUACGAUCAAAUGUUUUAUGUUGCCGACAUUGCCGGCGCGGGCCUGGCCAUGGACGGCGAGCUACAUGUAUGUCUCGACGAGGCCGACUUCUUGGCCAUCUUUCCUCUCGCAACUCGGGGUCGCGCGCGGCUCAUUGGCACGGUCCGGCACUCCAAGUCCUCCGCCGCAUCGCAGCACCUGUCCUUUGACCAUGUGAGCGGCCGCGCCAUCGAGCAGAUGAAGCUCCAAGUAGGCAAGGUCAACUGGUUCUCCACGUACCGCGUGCACCACCGAGUCGCGGACCACUUCCGCAAAGGGCGCGCGUUUCUGCUCGGAGACGCCGCUCACGUCCACAGCCCAGCCGGCGGCCAAGGAAUGAACACGGGCAUCGGCGACUCCAUCAAUCUGGCGUGGAAAAUGGCCGCUGUGCUCGCGGGCGAUGCGGAAGAUGGCUUGUUGGAUACAUACCAAGAGGAAAGGGCUCGCUUUGCCAAUCGCCUGGUUUCUACAACGGACCGCGCCUUCACCUUGGCCACGGCAGAAGGAACGGUUGCGCGAUUCAUCCGCACCAAGGGCAUACCGGUACUGGUCCCGAUGCUGCUUUCAUGCCGGGCUGUGCGCCGGUUCAUGUUCAGAACGUUAUCACAGAUCACACUGAACUACUGUGGAAUGUCACUUGCUUCAGGCCGUGUGGGCAGGCUGGAGGGCGGGCAACGUUUGCCAUGGGUUGUGGUGGAUGGAAUCAGCAACUACGAGUCUCUUGCCUCGAUGAAAUGGCAGGUCCACGUCUAUGGAACUGCGACAGACACCCUGUUGACUUGGUGUCAUGACCACGGCUUGGGGUUGACCGCAUUUGAAUGGACCCCCGAGUAUGCUUCUGCAGGAUUGACUCGCGAUGUAGUCUGCAUUCUACGUCCCGAUGGCUACGUGGCAAUGAUUCAGAGUGGGGUGGAUGUCAGUGCUAUAGAGCGGUACUUUGAACGUCGUCAGAUCCGAUUGCGUUCUUUUGGGGGAUAA